ACACAUGUCUAAUAAAUUAGUAUUAAUAUUUGGUGUAACAUGUGGAACAUAUAAAUUAAUAUUCUACAAAAUAGUUGGUGAAAGCCUUCUAUAUAAAGAAGAAAAUAAACGUAAGCUUUCUCCACACAAACAUGGCGCUCUUAGUACUAAUCUUCUCCAUUUUCAUAACCUUAUCGUUAUCACCAAUGAUCACCUCCCAAAAGCUCCACCCACUAGAUCCCUUAACUAUGUCUGAGAUCACCUUAGUUCAAACCAUAGUUAAAAAAGCUUAUCCCACCACCACCACUACUACUACUACUACCAGUCACAACAACUUAACAUUCCAUUACGUAGGUUUAGACGAGCCAGAAAAACGCACCGUUUUAAAAUGGCAAUCGAGGCCGAAAACGGUUCGUAUCCCUAGACGUGCCCUGGUUCACGCCCGGUACAACAAACAAACAUUAGAGCUCAUAGUUGACUUGUCAACUCGUUCCCUAGUCUCCCAACAAGUCCACGUCGGACAUGGCUACCCAGUGUAUUCCUUUGACGAGCAAACCAAAGCGAGUGAUUUGCCAAUGUCGUACAAGCCAUUUAUAGAGUCCAUUAAGAAGAGAGGGCUUAACAUGUCACAUGUUGUUUGUUCCACUCUUUCUGUGGGGUGGUUUGGAGAGGACGAGAAAGGUAUGAGCCCUAGAGAGAUUAAGGUUCAGUGUUUUUACACUGAAAAAACCACUAACUUGUACUUGAGACCUAUUGAGGGUAUAACAAUGGUGGUUGACCUUGAUAAUAUCAAGAUUGUUGAUUAUCAGGAUAGGAUUAGGGUUCCGGUGCCCAAGGCCGAAGGGACUGAGUAUCAAAUGUCAAAGCAACGCCCACCUUUCGGUCCCCGACUCAGUGCCGUCGCUUCAGAGUCUCCGAAUGGCCCUGGAUUCAAGCUUGACGGGCAUACAAUCAAGUGGGCUAAUUGGGGUUUCCACGUGGGAUUCGAUUCACGUGUUGGGCCAGUAAUAUCACUAGCUUCAAUCUACGACAUAGAGAAGCACAAGUAUCGAAGAGUAUUGUACAGAGGAUAUGUAUCAGAAAUGUUUGUGCCUUAUAUGGAUCCAACUGAGGAAGUUUACUUCAGAACCUAUUUUGAUUGUGGAGAAGAUGGUUUUGGCCAAUCCGCAGUGUCGUUGGAGCCACUGGCUGAUUGCCCACACAAUGCUGUUUUCAUGGAUGCCUAUUAUGCUGAUGAAAAUGGCAACCCUGUUCAGAUUUCUAAUGCUUUUUGCAUAUUUGAACAGCAUGCUGGGCACAUCAUGUGGCGUCACACCGAAUCUGGCCUCCAUGAGGGAGAGGUAAGGGAAGUGAGGCAAGAUGUGAGCCUAGUGGUGAGAAUGGUUUCAACGGUGGGUAAUUAUGACUACAUUAAUGAUUGGGAAUUCAAGCCUAGUGGAUCCAUUAAAGUUGGGGUUGGACUUACUGGAGUAUUAGCUACAAAGGGAGUUCCACACACCCAUGUAGAUCAAAUAAAAGAAGACCUUUAUGGUGCACUACUAGCAGAAAACACAAUUGCCACACACCAUGACCAUUUCUUAAAUUAUUACCUAGAUCUUGACGUGGAUGGUCAAGAAAACUCCUUUGUGAAGACCGAUUUAGUGACCAAAAGAGUGAGCGAUCACAGCUCACCAAGGAAAAGUUAUUGGACUAUCACUAAAAAAACUGCCAAAACUGAAUUGGAAGCAAGAUUGAAUGUGGGUUUAAGGCCAUCAGAGUUUGCAGUGGUAAAUCCUAACAUAAAAACCAAAGUGGGAAAUGAAAUCGGUUAUCGUUUAAUGCCUGGCUCAGCUACAAUUCCUCUUUUAACAAGUGACGAUUACCCGCAAAUUCGAGCUCCUUUUACAAAUUACAACAUUUGGGUUACACCUUAUAACAAAUCUGAGAAAUGGGCUGGCGGGAAAUUUGUUAGCCAAAGCCGAGGAGAAGAUAAUUUGGCCAUUUGGAGCCUCAGAAAUAGAAAGAUUGAAAACAAGGACAUUGUGUUGUGGUACACCAUUGGUUUUCAUCAUGUACCUACCCAAGAAGAGUACCCAGUGAUGCCGACUCUGACCGGUGGAUUUGAGCUUCGCCCAACUAAUUUCUUUGAGAGAAAUCCAGUGCUCAAAGUCAUACAAGCUAAGCAUGUGCCUUGGCCAAAUUGCACCGCCCAUUAAUAAUUAUAUAUAUAGGCCUUAAUAUAUUUAAUUGUGUUUCUAAUUUAUGAGCUCAUGAUUAAAAACAGUAUUGUAAUGUUUCUGAUUUGUUUUGUUUUUUGUUUGUUUGUUUUUUUUUUUUUGCAUAUAAUGUCUUAGGUUUAAUUAUGAUAAGUUUUGAUGGGUUUUAAUAAAUAUUUUUCUUUUUUUGGUUUACACUAAUAGUUAAAACAUGGAGAAAUUAAUAAGAUUGACAUUCUUUUUUGUCGC